AUGCCCUCGCCGGGCCUGCAGUUGCCCAGGACAAAGAGCUCGGCGGUGAAUCGCCCGUGCUCGAGGCGGCCUCACCUCGAUGCCUUGGCACGCUGGGCACGAGCCGGACGAUGGGGUCAGGUGGCCAAAGUGUUGGCACGCAUGGAGCAGGCCGGAAUUGAGCCCGCGGUGGCAAGCUUCAACAUCAUUGUGUCUGCUGCAGCAUCUGCCAUGCACUGGUUGAGGGCCCUUCAGGCUGCAACAGAGGGACGAGAUGCUGGUAUCCCUGGCGACGCUGUCGGUCAGACAUCGGUGCUACACCUGUGCAAACAGCUGCGACGCUGGCAGCUUGCAGUGCACCAUCUACAAAGUCUGCCGCUGCUGGGAGUUCAAUGCAACGCCAUCCAUGUCCAUGUGGUGCUCAGCAGCCUGCCACAGGAAGAUUGGCCCAAAACAGUCGCCCUAUUCCGAGAGCUGUCCUUGCAGGGUGUGACCUUGGAUGCAGUCGCUCGGAGACCGCUACUGCGUUCGCAGUGGCAGCAUGCACUGGCGGAGUUCGCGUGGAGAUGUCACGGUGACCUCGCAUCGGCGUCAUCGUUCACUGCCGCCUGCUCAGCAGCAGGAGUGUGGACACAGGCGCUGGUUGUGUGUCAACGGCUCCGGGGCCACGCUGACCGCAUUUGCUUCAACUCGGCUGCUUCCGCCUUCGAGCGCUCCGGACCAUGGCAGUUCGCUGUUCGGCUGUUUGUUGCCCCUACCAAGAACGAGGCACCUGAUGAAACUGGUCUGGCCUCGGCACAGAUCGCCGUGAGCAGCGGAGGCGCAUGGCGUGCGAGGCUGCAGCUGCUCGAACAUGCCCAGCAUCAGGCCCUGAGACCGCAUCUGAUGCUCUCUACCUUCGACCCGGGCACGCUGCGAUCAACGCCCUGCCUUUGGUUACAAGUGCUAGAGUUUCGUGCGGGCCAUGCUGAAGAGUUCGCGGCCAGUGCGGAGGGCCUGCAGGAGGCUUCCCGCUGGAUCGAGGCUUGCGAUCUUUUGAUCCGCCUUGCCGCCAGCAGAGCCGACCAAGCGAAUAGCUGGAGAGUGGCCAUGCGCAGGCUGACCGUUGUCAUGUCCGCGCAGACCCAAACCUGGCAACGGUCCCUGGCUGCUUUGACAGCUGCAAAGCGCUCGGGCCUGCGGCCUGCGACGAUUCACCACGAUUGGGGAGUGAGCGCUCUCGAGAAAGGGCUCCAGUGGGAAGGAGCCUGCGAGCUGUUGGGGCUGAUGCCUUCCAGAAGGAUGAGCCCUCGAGCCCAAGGCUGCAACGCUGGAGUCGCUGCAUGUGCCAAGGGCGAGCAGUGGCCAAUGUCGCUGCGGUGGAUUCUCUGCAUGUCCAAGGACACUCUGACCCCCGAUGAGAUGAGCCUUGGGUCCUUCAUCUGUGCGGCUGGUGCCCAUGCAUGGCGGCAAGUGCUGGGGCUCUUGCUGUGUCUUGAUCCAAUGAAUUCGCUGUGGUCUCCGACCUUUUUCCCAUGGGCUUUAGCCAAGCUGGGCUGCCGGACCCCACGCGCUGCAGAGGCGCUGGCCCGCGCAGUACAGUGGCCUCUGAGUGCAGCAGAGGUCACAUCAUCUGCCUGGGCUGCAGCCAACCUCGGAAUCUUUGGUCCGGGUAUUACUCACCAACUGGAGAAGCAAGUGAUGCAAUGCCACAAGAACUGCACUCUCGAGGAGCUGCGAGUCGUUACUGCGGCGGGAGCUGCACUGAACCUCGGUCAGAGACUUUUCCGGGCAAUAGCCGAAGAGGCUGAGCGACGAAUGCUUUCGAUGAAAGUCGGAUGCGCGGCCGACAAGGAUUGGCAGGACCUCCUGGGCAUCGUGAGGGCCUUGCACUCCAUCGACCUCCUCCCAGAGCGCCUGCACCGACUCACCAAGGCAUGCUUCUGCGCAGAGACAGUGGACGCAGCAUCCUUUUCGCAAGGGCCGGACCCUGUCGUGCUGGAGAAACCGGCUGGAUGGGAGGUUUAUGGUGGGCAUGGACAGCUUCAGCUGCGAGACAAGCUCAUCAGAAGCGCUGGCAACUACCCCAUCUUCCACGAUGCCGCUCGCGACUUUGGUUUCAUCCACCGCCUGGACGUGCCAAGUUCCGGCUUGAUUCUGGCAGCAAAGACCUAUCGCACACAUAGCUAUCUCCAGCUGCAGCUGCACACAGGAGUGCUGCUGCGUGAGUACUUCGUCGUGAGCCACGGAUGGCUAACACCAGCACGGCGCGCGAUCUCUGCUGCACUGGACGAUGAUGCCGAAACGACCCGUGCAGGUAUCGGCAAAGCCGCGCUAACGAAGUUAAAGGUUCAGGUGCAAUGCCACCUUGAAGGUGAAGCUUUCACUGCUGUAGCUGUGCAGCUUGGUACUGGUCGAAAACACCAAAUCAGGAGCCAUCUGGCCCAUGUCGGCCACCCAGUGGCGCGUGAUGGCCGCUACAGCAGCUCUGCAAGCUUCCGCGGAGAUGGAAGCCUUUGCAACAGCAACUUCUUGCAUCGGCAGCGGCUGGCCUUCUUCGAUUCGAGUGGUAAGUGGCAUGACGCCAAGGCACCAUUGCCAUCCCUGCUAGCCACAGCCCUGGAAUCGCUACACGAGCGGCGGGCAACUUCAACUGGUCUCCUGCAGCAAUGCACCGGCGAUGUGCAAAGUUGGGAUGUGGCUACCAAAGGGGACCGCCGUGUUGUCUACGCUCGACUGAUGGCUAUCCGAGCUCUUGCACCGCUGGCAGCAAGUGGCAACAAGCGAGCCAUCGACUCGGUAGUUGCUGGCCUCAAGGACCAGCAUACCUCAGUGCGAGAAGGGGCUUUGGAGGAGCUUGCAAAGAUCGCCAGCAACGGAGACAGUGUUAAUGGCGGGGAGCUUUCCGCACGCCUCAGUGCAGUGAAGGCUCUGGCUGCCGAGACUUCAGAUUCUGCUGUCGCGGCCGUCCUAGGCAAUUGCCUUGAGGAUUGGCAUGCCGCCGUUCAGAAAGCCGCAGCAUGUGGCCUUGAAAAGUUUGUGGGCAAGGCAGGCUCCGAUCCGGCAGCCUCCAAGGCAAUCGAGGCAUUCAGCGUCCGUGCUCUGCGGGGCGACAGAUCUGGGCUGACGGCCCUGAUGACCGCGCUUGAGUGGGGGCCAUGUAAGCCAUACCUGCGGGUAGUGCAGGCUGCACGAUGGCAGUGGCAGUAG